AUGUUCGUAGUAUUAUACAUUUUUACUUUCUUUACAUUGUAUCAAGUCUCCGCCGCUCCAGCUCAAAGCCUUAAUAGCAGAAUCUGUGGAGUCGGCGAUGAAGCUUUAUUUAGACUCCAUGCUGGUGAUUUAAAAUGGUCUAAAUCUCGUCUAACGUGGUCAAUACAAAGUUAUCCUUGGAAAAACGAAAUUUCAGCAUUGAGAACCGAGCAAAUUCUUCAGGAAGCAUUUCAAGCAUAUGCAUCUCAUACUUCAUUAGAAUUUGAGAAAGUUUGUUCUACUUGCACGGCAGAUAUUGUUAUUAAAUUUGUUUCACGUGCUCACGCUGAGUGCGAGAAUCAGCCAUUCGAUGGACAAGGUGGAACUUUGGCCCACGCAGAUCCGCCUACUAAUGGACAAAUUCACUUCGAUUUCGAUGAAGUAUGGGCAGAGAACAAUGAAGAAUCGAAGAUAAACCUUUUUCUAGUUGCUCUGCAUGAAAUAGGACAUGCACUCGGUUUAGACCAUUCUAGAAAUGCGGCGUCGAUAAUGCAGAAAACUUAUCCAUUUGCUGGUGUUACGAAAAGUUUAUCAUCAGUUGACAUUGAAUCGAUUCAACAUUUGUAUGGUGCUAAGAAACAAGUGGAUAUAAAUAGUGCCGAAUAUAUAAAGAAUACUUUUCAAGAAGCUUUUCCCAAUGAUGCAAUCCUAGUCUACAGAUCCACAACUGGUGGUUGGGGACGGUUUAUUGGAAAGAAAUUACUUGGUGUUCAUCUCAAGGACGGCUACUGGUUGGAAAUCUUCAAAAUAUCGCAAUCAACAGGAGAAACUAUGACCUCCGCUGCAAUAAAGUCCAUAGCAAAUGAUGUGAUCACCGAAACAAAGAGCGAAACAGACAAUGUUAAACGACGUGACGUUCUUCAUGAGAAGUUGAAGGCUUUGUUUCCAAAUCACAAUGUCCAUGUGUUUGUAUUUAAUGACGGUCUUUGGAGUCGCAGCACUCAUAGCAACAAAGGUGCUGCUUAUUAUGAAAAGGACUACGGAUCUGAGUCGGAAUCCCAUGUGUCUUCAUCUGCAUCUCAUCCUCGACAUCAUCAAUCAAUUCGUCAUCGAUUAGUUCAUGAUCAAGGGUUGUUUCCACUUCAAUGGAAUGGGAGUGACUGUUACUAA